AUGGUUCAAAUUAAUGGUUUACCUGAAAACUGGGAAAUACGGUGUUCUCGUUCAAGAAAUCUUCCAUAUUACUAUAAUUUAAAGACGAAUGAAUCUUUUUGGGAGCCCCCAAUGGGCUCUGAUUUGGAAGUAUUGAGAAAUUAUAUGGUUAAUAAUGGUUUGAUUUUGGAAUUGCGUCAAGAGAAUAAGAAAAUAGAAAAUGAUAAAAUUCGUGUUAGUCAUCUUUUAGUAAAACAUAAUCAAAGUAGGAGACCAAGCUCCUGGAAGGAACCAAAUAUUACACGGACUAAACAAGAAGCAAUGAAUAUCAUUCUUGAAUAUGAGGCAAGAAUACGUGCUGGAGAGAUUAGUCUUGGUGAACUUGCUUUGACAGAAUCAGAUUGUAGUAGUGCUAAAAAAGCAGGGGAUUUAGGGUUUUUUGAAAAAGGUGUUAUGCAGCAAGAAUUUGAAGAUGCUUCAUUUGCUUUGUUUCCUGGAGAAAUGAGUCAUGUUGUUGAAACUGCAAGUGGUUUUCAUUUAAUUGAAAGAAUUGCAUGA